CCAGAGUGAAGGUGUUUUAGAGGGGCAUGUUGGCCAGGUACUUAACAAGGCUCGCACCUGGAUAUACCUGACAUGGCAAAUCAUGCCUUACUAACACUAACUGCCGGAUUGUUCCUAGUAUUGCUACUUGGUGAAUCCACCGCCGAUGACGUAGUAUUCGUUCGCGAAGGCGUAAAAAGUGUAAGAUUAAAAUGUCACGAGAUCCAAAACAACACAGACCCUCCUACCAUCCAGUGGAAUUUCUUCACGGAACGUCAUCUAAUCAUCGAAAGGACAGGAGAUGGGGAUGUGAUCAUGGGGGAUAACUUCACCGACAGCGUUGCCCUCGGGGCCCAGAAUGAUCUCACAUUAUACAGUCCUCAAAUACAAAACUCGGGUGUUUAUGAAUGUAUCAGUCUUGUGGACUCUGAGAACAUAACGUCUUAUUCUUAUCUGCAGGUAUUUAAAUCCGUCACUGUUGAAGAUGAGCUGAGAUCGACGAUGGUGGUAAUCUUGAUGUCUGUAGACAUACUCCUAGUGGACGUCAAUGUCAUCUUGCUACUGAUACACUGCGUCACCUACAAGAAACAUAAAGAUAUCUGGUCACUGCGCCUAUUCUUCUUGGCAUAUUUCAUCAUCUACGGUGCAACUGGCCUGUUGUUCCUGAUUUUGUAUGUUGUGGGAAAUAAAAGUGAUUUCCUGUACAAUGUCGGAGCGACGUGUUCUGCGACCAGCAUCCCACCUAUCGUUAUACUGUGGAUAGAUUUUAUCGUCAUUGUUAAUAGACUAAAAAAAAGAGAGUCCAGAUUUCAGGAGGAUGCCUUUCAGGAAGAGAUGAUUCCAGUCAUACAAAGCCCAGAAUAUCUCUCAAACGGCGAGACCACAGAAUCGGCGUCAAAAGAUGAGAGUCGAGUCCGAAAGAGAUAUACAGUAGAAUCCAAAUCCGCCAAAAGUUCAAAUUGCUGUUCUAAGCAGACAGAAGAUGACAGCCAGCUAGGACCUGUGGAACUCACGGGUCAUAACGCCCGCACAGAAGACCAAUCGCUCCCUAGGCAUGCGCAGACGUGACUUGAUAAACAUGCUGGGUUAGACUGCCUACUAUUAGACUGUGAUCAUGUCCGCACUUGUACGAGAUAUUUAUAAACAGAAUAACUACUUGAACUAGUGCCGUCACUUAAGUAACCGGAUUACCUGGAAAUAAUGUAGAUAUCAACCAUCGAUGACGUCAUUGAAAAGCACCACGCCUUGCACACGUCACAGGAUAACGGGUUUCUUUGCCAUACCACAUAUUAAGUUAUUUGUCGAGUGUGACCCCAGGCAACAUUCUGACGUCAUCCACUCUCGUUACGUAGGUGUAUACGUACGUGUUUCGUGGCAUGGAAUAUCUGGGCAUACUGUACUCUAGCAUUCAAAUGGACACAACCGCCAUAUGUGCACUGUGCGCGCACAACAGAUACCCCCAAAAUGUGAUAGAACGCUAAGGAAGCGAGUCAGAAAUGACAAUGUUAAUGAAUCUACUUGCCUGCAACAGAAUUGACGCGAUGAUUUUUCUUUAAGCCAAGUAAGAUAGAUCUACAACAAAGCUAGACUAAAUAGAGAAAAUGCACUGUGUAGUUUGUUAAAUGACAAUGUGAAAUGUAUGGAUUUUUAUUUCUUUAUGUACGCUUUAGAAUGUGUCCUACCAUAAAGAAGUACAAAAAGAGCUUCGCGGAGUUUUUUCUUGGGGCGUAAAAAUUGCUAUAAGCUACAAGUUUCCUUGACCUUUUCGACCAGUCCAGAAAUCAAGUAGCCUACCGUGGUGACGUCAACGGUGAUGGCCGUCAAAACAACUCUUUCGGGGGGAAUAGCCAGAACGGCGGGCGCUGAGUUGGUCAAUUCAUCGAUGGUGUUAUUUUCGAAAAUGUUUAACCACCGACGGAAAGUAUGCAUAAAACAUGAGUUUUUCUCGUUCAUUGUUUUGGUAUAACUUUGACCAGUUAGGUGUGACUGUUUGCCAUUUAUUACACUGUCGUCGUUGCUGUGGCUUUACUCUCUAUGUUCUAACUCUUAAUUAUUUUCCCUUAAAACCACAACCUUUGCUUUAGAAUUCCAUCUUCUGUGUCCCGCAAUACAGACCUGCAGUGGCGUAACCUGGUUCUGGCCAGGUAAUGGGGGUGGAAGAAGCUCCAAACAUUCUGUAUGCAGAACUGAAAUUGAAAACAGUUGAAAAAACUGAAAGCAACUACUAUUUCAAUGAAAAUGGUCAAUCUCGUUUUAACCGGCUUAGCCUAUGUACCCUCCCCCAGCCUACGUAUGCCCCUGAGUGUGUGAGUGUCAUGACAUCUUUGAUAGUCGCCUUAGUACGUGAUACAUGCCUGUGUACAGAUCUAUCCACGUCGGUAAAUAUCUGACGAAAAUUGUACUUUUUGUUUUGGACAAAAUACACCAAAAUAUAUAAGCUUUAGUGGAAAAGGUCAUUGAAAAGUAAAUCUACCUAUAUUUAUGUUUGUUUAAAGAUAAAAUGAUAAAUCAUAAAAGAUAAAUAAAAUGCUAUCCCUAAAUUCUAUGGUUGGCUGCUUGGAGCGAAUUAGGGUUUUGUGACGCCACUAUUUAGUAUAACUCGAGAAUAACUCGUUUCGGUGCACGAGUCGAUUUUACCUGUAAAACUCGAAUUUUAUUUAAAACAGAAAAUAAAAGGACAACAGCUCAGUUUCCCAUCCCUGGCAUCCACCAUUAACCAUAUGGUUCAAUGAGUGCAAACAUCGGAUGGUAAUACACAGAACCAACACUAUAAAAGGGCGGUCCUUGACGGUAAAUCUGUAGCCAGGGAAAGGACAAAUUUGUAAGAUUUUCCUUUGGGUGAUCAAUAUUACUGCUUCCCAAGCAGAAUCAUACAGACUUCCGUUGUUGUUGUAGACGAAACCAAUAAUGGGUGACUUUUGUUGUUUUAGAUGUGGAGAUUUAAGAUGUCUUUGAUUUUUGUGGAGUGGAGAUGGCCAGAUUUUAGAUCCACGAUAGCAUAAUCAAGAAGCCCAGUACUUUCGACGAAAUUCACUUUGACGAUGUGAAUAUUGCGUAUUUUCUGCAUGUAUAAAUCAUUUACCAUUGUAUAUACCACCAAACCUAUUCGACUGACGCUAACGCAACAUUGUAAAUAUUUAUUACCGUGCUACCUUCUAUCAGACUAUCUCUUUUGGGAGCCUGCUGUAAGCACGCAUUUAUAGCUCUAAUGUUCUUCACUUAGCAAACUUCUCCCACGGAUGACUUCA